CGCAUGGUCGCGCAGACGACUCCUGUUUAUAUUAUCGUUCUAUGCCCUUCAAAUGACACUACUUCGUUAGUAGCCGCAGUGAUCGGAACUGGUUUCUAUCGUGCUGCAAUCAAGAAGACAACAAUAUGAGCAAAAUCGGAAUUAACGGAUUUGGCCGUAUCGGCCGUUUGGUGCUGAGAGCUUCUCUGGAACGCGGUGGUCAGGUUGUAGCCAUCAAUGACCCCUUCAUUGGUCUCGACUACAUGGUCUACAUGUUCAAGUAUGACUCCACCCAUGGUAAGUACAAGGGAGAAGUUAAGGCUGAAGGCGGCUGUCUCGUUGUCAACGGAAACAAGAUUGCUGUCUUCAGCGAGCGUGAACCGAAGGCGAUUCCAUGGGCAAAAGCCGGUGCCGAAUAUGUUGUCGAGUCAACAGGCGUGUUCACCACCAUCGAUAAAGCCUCUGCUCACUUAGAAGGCGGUGCGAAGAAAGUCAUUAUCUCCGCUCCGUCGGCUGACGCACCGAUGUUCGUCGUCGGUGUGAACUUGGACGCUUACGAUCCGAGCCACAAAGUAGUCUCCAACGCUUCCUGCACCACCAACUGCUUGGCGCCUCUUGCCAAGGUGAUCCACGACAACUUCGAGAUUGUUGAAGGUCUUAUGACGACCGUUCACGCGAUUACGGCCACUCAGAAGACCGUAGACGGUCCGUCUGGCAAACUGUGGCGUGAUGGUCGUGGCGCGGCACAGAACAUUAUUCCUGCCGCAACGGGCGCUGCUAAAGCAGUCGGCAAGGUUAUUCCGGCUCUCAAUGGAAAACUUACUGGUAUGGCUUUCCGUGUACCCGUGCCUAAUGUAUCCGUAGUCGACUUAACAGUUCGACUUGCCAAACCAGCCACUUAUGAUGAUAUCAAAGCUAAAGUAAAGGAGGCGUCUGAGGGCCCGCUGAAGGGAAUUUUAGGCUACACCGAAGACGAUGUAGUCUCGUCUGACUUUAUCGGAGACAACCAUUCGAGCAUCUUUGAUGCCAAGGCUGGCAUACCUCUUAAUGACAAGUUCGUGAAACUGAUCUCGUGGUACGACAACGAGUUCGGCUAUUCUAGCCGAGUUAUCGAUUUAAUCAAGUACAUGCAGACCAAGGACUAAACAGUCUUCAAAAGUCGAUUAUUCCCCCGAUUAUUCCUCCUAGUUCCGGUCUCGCCGUACAGCGAAGCAGUCGCUGCAUGCGCAUAUCACUGUAAAGAUUAUUCCGUAUUAAUCAGCGUCAUUACUAACGUGUAACAAGGAUAUACACGGAGUUGAGUAAAAAAGUAGCGUACAUUUUCUCUCGCACAGUUGAUAGAAUCGUAGAUGAUGCGGUAUAUUUUUGUCGCUGUUUGAAAUAUAAAAGGAAACAAGCUCUAGUGUUCAUCAUAUUUGAAGAUAUAUAUCUGGCUACUCUGUUGCGAUUUAAUCCAACGUUGAACCAUUGUGAAGUAUAAAUGAGAAUUAUAGCUCAAACGUUACAAAACAGAACUUAUGUAAUCGCUAAGAUUAUGUUGCACAUAAUUGAAAUAAAAUUAGAGAGAAAUGUAUGACAAUAGAUUUACGUACAAAUUUUGCUGUACUAAAUUAUUAAACGCAAUUUUACUCAUCGAAAUCAACAAUUACAGAUCUUUUAUCGCAAGUAUGGAAUUUUACUUGCAUCUUGUCCUGAUACAGAGUUAUGUGCAUACAUUCAUCCUUCGUCAUUUGUUCAUUCAUAUUCGAGAGAUAUGUCAUAAGUAUUUGUGAUUUUCUUCUGUAUGAUUAACAUUAUUUUUCAUUCACAUAAUGACGUCAAUAAAAGUUGUUAUGAAAC